GCGACCUCUUUUCGCCCGUGGAAGCAUCCGUGUAGCUCAUCACAUAAGCGCCGGUUUAUUACGUGCACGGCCCCAUGUGUGAGCUCAACCUAUCCUGAGCCCACGUAUCGUACAGAAUAUAGAAAUCGAACGUAACGUCGCGAAUACGGUUUUCGAGAUAUGUAGGUGCGAAUUAAUACUUUUUACGCUGUUCUCCAAAACAGCUUCGUAUUGUGAAUUUUAUCGACGGAUAAGGGUAUAAGAAGCCCGAAAACUUGCCAGAGUGUUUAUACAUAUAGGUACCGUUUCAACAUUAGCGUUAUGUUCUGAGGUUAGGAAAAUAAUCAGCAGUACCCAGGGCGGUAAUUUUUCUAUUUUCGAAAAUGGAGCUGGUUAUCGGGCGUGGAUUGAAGUGUUCGUACUUUUUGGUUCCCAGAACCUCGACGAUCCCGAUUAAACUACCGACGUUUUUUUGUAAAUGCCCUAUUACUGCCAAUCGACAGAUCCAGAAUUUAGCCAGACACUUGGGCAGUUCGUAUCAAUCAAUCAACUUUAAUCUAUUUAAUAGACAGCAUGACAGAACAUACGAAUCUGGACUCCUUGCCUGCAAGAUCAAUGCGCUUAAAUUCAGUACCUCAACGAAAUCUGAGCCAGCCACGAAGACAGAGGUACCUAACAAAGAUUGUAAUGAGGCACCUGCAGCGGCGGAAGAAAAGAAAACAGUGUUUCAAAAAAUGAAGCAAUUGGCAAAAGAUUAUUGGCACAUUCUGAUUCCAGUGCACAUAGUCACUUCUAUUGGUUGGGCAUCCGUGUUUUACAUUGCUGCAAAAAAUGGUGUUGACAUUAUAGGAAUUCUUGAAUCAUUACAUUUGAGCGAAAGCUAUUUGGAAAUGUUACGAGGUUCCAAUGCUGGACAUUGGGCAGUCACGUAUGCUCUGUACAAAGUGUUCACUCCGGUCAGAUACACUGUGACUGUUGGAGGAACAACAAUGUGCAUAAGAUACCUUAACAGAUGGGGAUACUUGAAAUACAAGAAUCCCAAGCCUGCCAGCACUGAGAUAUUGCCUUGUGCAAUCAAUCAAGUCCGCUGCAGAGCAUAAGUAUGCGCAAUCCUUCAAAUCAAGCACAUCCAGCAAAAGUAGUACGUCGCAGUCUCCAAAAACGUAGCAAAGGAGAUGAUUGCCUAAUAUUCAGUUUGUAUGUGGUUGCGAAACUACCGUUGUUUUCGGUUAAAAGCUAAGUCUGUUAAUGUAUGUCUAUCAUUUCUUGAUGAGAUGCUGUCGACCUUUGAUAUGAAAGAGAUCUAUACUUAUUUAAUAAACUAUCCAAGUUUAUUUUCCGAGGAAAAUAUACGUAGAUAUAAAAAACGCA